CCAAAAGAUUAGUAUGAAUCAUACUUGGUUUUCCAAAAUGUCUCCUUGGGUUUCAUUUGUGGUACUAGUCCUGUGUUUUUCCUUCAGUGUCGUUUCCGAUGCUAGACAUCGGAAACAACUGCCAUCACCAGCCGUUCUUGUCGGAACGGUCUACUGUGACACUUGCUUCCAUCAAGAAGCAUCCAAAUCCACCCACUUCAUCCCAGGGGCGACAGUGGCGGUGGAAUGCGGCGGUAGCACCCAAAAGCCGUCAUUCCACAAGGAAGUAAAGACAAAUGCAAAGGGCGAGUUCAAAGCUAAACUUCCACUUUCCGUUAGCAAAGAUAUAAACAAAAUUAAAGGGUGUUCCAUGAGACUAAUCCGCAGCGGAUCGCCAUAUUGCGCGGUGGCAGCCACUGCCGCCUCAUCAGAAAUCCAUUUCAAAUCAAAACACCGCGGAACUCAUAUUUUCUCAGCCGGUUUCUUCACAUUUAAGCCAGAAUUAUGUAACCAAAAAGAUUCCACCCCAAAAGAUUUCCCACCCGCUCUUCCUGACCCCCCAGCACCAUUUCUACCACCUGUUGGAGGCGGAGGCGGCUUACUACCUCCACUACCUGUACCGGACUUACCCAUUCCACCUGUAGUUCCACCGUUGAUUCCACCACUACCACGCCUCCCGGGGGGCCCACUGCUCCCACCCAUUAACAACAAAAAAAGUUCAAAAAACGACAAACUAUCUGACAAAAAAAUAUUCGGAUUCCCUUUCCCUCCCAACCCAUUACAACCACCCAUGUUACCUCCAUUACCAUUAGUGCCAUCACCGCCAUCACUAAUUCCACCUUUGCCGUUCCAACCGCCACCACCGGCAUUACUUCCACCUCUCAUUCCGUCACCACCACCGGCAUCAGUAUUUCCACCAUUGUUUCCACCAUUCCCAACCAUACCAGGUCUAACUCCAUCACCCCCACCACCUCCGCCGCCUGCUUUUCCGAUUCCUUUACCUCCGAUACCUUUAAUACCAGGACUCCCGCCGGUCCCACCAUCCAGAAAAACCACCCCUUGAUGUAUUGUACUGUAUAAUUUUUUGAAGUCACGUUUUGAUACAUAUAAAUAUUGCUUUUACUUAUAAACUUUUCAUAUAUAUAGUUUAAUGGAUGGUAUUGUAAUUUUUUUAGCUUGAAUAAAUUUAACAUUGUUAAA